AUGGCAGCUCUCUCAGGAGAAGUCGACCCAAGCCUAACAGCCCAUACAGAGCUAGUGAGCUGGUUCAUUCGGCAUGGCGGUACAGUUGACAAAAGCGUGCGCAUCACACAAGACGCCUCGCGCGGCGUGCACCUGCAAGUGAAAGCAGACUGGCCAGAGCCCAUUCCCAAAGAAAAGCGGGUGAUCAACACUCCCAUCUCGGUCUCAAUGUCCUGGUUUAAUGCCGUUGGAUACGAGUCACCGCAGGCGUCAUUCCCCAAACAUGGCGUGGAUCUCCCGCGGGAAUGGAUAGACCAGAUUGGUCCGGAGGAGACUUCUGCGUUUUUCCUCAUGGGCCAGUAUCUGUGUGGAGCUGAGGGAUUCUGGCAUCCGUAUUUGCGGACUCUGCCUCAGCCGGGUCAAUUGACUACUCCUCUGUUCUUUGGUGAGGAGGAUGUGGAUUGGCUUCAGGGUACUGGUAUUCCUGAGGCUUCGGUUGAGAGAAUCAAGGUGUGGGAAAAGAAGUAUGAUGAAUCGAUUAAGUUGUUGGAAGAGUUGGGUUUCCUGGACUGUGAUCGGUUUACUUGGGAGCUGUAUCUUUGGGCUUCGACUAUCAUUACUUCCCGUGCAUUCUCGGCAAAGGUUCUAUCUGGGGUUAUCCAGCCUUCAGACCUCCCAGAAGACGGAGUGUCUGUGCUGCUCCCGCUCAUUGAUCUUCCAAACCACAGACCAAUGGCAAAGGUUGAGUGGCGGGCAGGCGAGAAAGACAUCGGUCUUCUUGUGCUUGAGGAUGUUGCUCCAGGCCAAGAGAUUUCUAACAACUAUGGUCCUCGCAAUAAUGAGCAAUUGUUGAUGAACUAUGGAUUCUGCAUCGCCGGAAACCCGACUGACUAUCGCAUCGUUCAUCUCGGCGUGAAACCCGACAGUUCGCUCGGCCAGGCCAAGGCUCGCCAGCUAGAACUCUUCCCUCAGGUUGCGAAGAAUGUCGAGGACCACUAUUACAUCUUCAAUCCUUAUUAUCCUCUGUUGGCUCCGGAGACCACAAUGGAGCACUCGAUCUUCUCACCGGCAUUGUUCAACGCAUUGACGGUUAUGGAAUCAAACGCGCGCGAGCGAAAAUCGCUCGAGAUUACCGAGCAUUGCAUUCGCAUCACCCCGGGAUAUGGAAAUGGCCAUAGUGUCUACGCCGCCCUUGCACAGAUCAGCUUUGAGCUCAUAGCUCAUUCUCUGAACUUGAAAGCUAGCGCAGAAGAUCUGCCUGAGCAGCCAAGCAACUUGAACCACAUCCACUCUCAGAUCUAUCGCAACGGCCAAAUCACAUUAGAUGAAGCCGCCUUGAUCAUCGCCACCUGGAGCAUCACACGCGGCAGAGAACACCAGCGUGGUGAAAGCUGGGAGGACAUCAAAGUUCUCCUCCAUGAAAUGAUGCAACGCUUCCCAGCCGGUCUUCUCUCUGACGAUGUCUUGUCCCGGGUCCGAGUGCGGAUCUUGGAGCGUCCGUCACUCAUCACUAAGAAUGGUGAACUUUUCAGACUAGGUGAGCUUUUCAGCCUCCUACCAGCAGAAAUGCAGGCACCAAGUCAGAUGUGCUUCCAACAUAUCCUCGGAGUAGCCAGCCAGGCUGUCCCGAGUAUGGCGACAGACCCACAGACUCUGUUUGCUACGGUCAUCUGCUUGUUGGCUGCGACAUAUAACUCACCCGAGGCUCGCUCAAGAUUGCCGUCGCGCCUCAGCCGUUGGAUUGGGUUCCUGCUUGAACAAUACCCAGCACCCUCUACUUCUGGAUUUGUUGAAUCUGGCGUUGAUCAAACAAGCGAGCCACUUCAUCUAUUCCAAGAGUACACUAAAGCUGAACAGCCAGCUUCAUGGGCAUCUGGCGAUGGAGUGAAUUGGCUCACUGAAAACUCUGGGUGGUUGGACGCGAACUGGCUACAAUGGGCAUGGACAGUGGCAGGCGCCGAAAUGGUGAUGAUUCCGCUUGAGCCGUUUGAGAUUCUCAAGAUGGAGGGAUCAAUGUCUAUGCUGAAACAGGCAUGUCUCUAUGUACCGCAAGAGUAA